GAGCGGGGGUCGGCUUGGGUCGGGGACCGGCACGGUUGUGGCCGCGGUCCCGGCGGGGGAGGCGGCUGCGGUGCCGAGGUGGGGACGGAGUGCCGGGGGACGGGACCGUCGCCUCCUCCCGGCCGGAGGGGCGGCCGGGGUUAAGUCCCUGCCGGGGCUGCGUGGGUGAGGGUCAGCGGCAGCUCCGGGGCCGCGGCCGGCGCUGCCGCCGCCGUUGUGUAAGCGGAGGGGCCGCGGGGCUGGAGCGGGGACCCCGGGAGCGGCGGUGCGGGCUCGGAGCGAGCCGCGGUGCGCGGUUAAUGUUCAACGCGGCGGUCACAUGCUCAGCAGCGAGUUCUUCAGGAGGGUUUCCAGAGGCUGUCUGCCUGGAACAGGAAAUGCCGGUACAGGUUCACUGGAAAGAGAAUGAAAUAAACAUGACAUCUUCUAAAAUGGAAUAUAUUUCAUGGGUUACAGUUAGAAGUAAAAAGAAGAUGGAACAAAAUGAGAGAACAGGAGUAUAACACCUGACAAGAACUUUCCAGUUCUGUGAUAUAUACAUACAUAUAAACUUUCAAUAUAAUACAACUAAUGAUUUAUAGUAAUACUUUAUUGAUAUCCCUGGAAGAAGUCAGUUACUGUGCAACUUGCUUAAUAAGAACUUGUAUUCUGACGACUUUUAACAUGUUUUAAUCUUAACUGGACACCUUUGUUUAUUUAUUUUUUUAAGACUGAGGGUUAAAAACAUUGUCCCGCUUUAUUUUUACUGGGGGCCUGAUCCUGAGGGAUGGCUCACAACUGCUCAUGGAAAAUGGACUUAAGCCCAUGAAUGGUUACUGCUGCACAGAGUUGAAUGGAAUGCCAUGACUUUAGAAAUAAUAUUGUAGAACCACCUUCUUUGCCUUGUACCCAUCAUAUCGUUAAAUAUUUAAGUGUGAACAUUGUGAUUAUAAACUCUGAAAAAUAAUGGCAUGGGUGAAAUUCUUAAGAAAGCCUGGGGGUAACCUUGGAAAAGUUUAUCAGCCUGGAAGUAUCCUGUCCCUGGCGCCUACAAAAGGCUUAUUAAAUGAACCAGGACAAAACAGCUGCUUUCUUAAUAGUGCUGUUCAGGUAUUAUGGCAACUUGACAUAUUUCGACGAAGUUUAAGAGGUUUAACUGGACACGUGUGUCAAGGAGAUGCCUGCAUAUUUUGUGCUUUAAAGGCCAUCUUUUCACAGUUCCAGCACAGCCGAGAGAAAGCCCUCCCGUCGGAUAACAUGAGACACGCCCUCGCGGAAAGCUUCAAGGAUGAGCAGCGUUUCCAGCUGGGAUUCAUGGAUGAUGCAGCAGAAUGCUUUGAAAAUAUCCUUGAGAGGAUUCAUUUCCACUUAGUGCCAAACAGUGAAACAGAUAUGUGCACUUCGAAAUCCUGUAUUUCUCACCAGAAGUUUGCUAUGACGCUGUAUGAGCAGUGUGUGUGUCGCAGUUGUGGAGCAUCAUCAGAUCCGUUGCCUUUUACGGAAUUUGUGCGUUACAUUUCCACCACAGCCCUGUGUAAUGAAGUAGAAAAAAUGAUGGAGAGGCAUGAACGUCUCAAGCCAGAAAUGUUCGCAGAAUUGCUGCAGGCAGCAAAUACUGCUGAUGACUACAGAAAGUGUCCUAGUAAUUGUGGUCAAAAAAUAAAAAUUCGUCGUGUUCUUAUGAAUUGUCCUGAGAUUGUCACCAUCGGUUUAGUCUGGGAUUCAGAACACUCUGACCUGACAGAAGAGGUUAUGCGGAAUCUGGCAACACAGCUUUAUCUUCCAGGGCUGUUUUAUAGGGUUACAGAUGAAAAUGCCAAAAACAGUGAGCUUUUUCUGGUGGGAAUGAUUUGCUAUACGAGCCGACAUUACUGUGCCUUUGCCUUUCACACCAAGAGCUGCAAAUGGGUGCUGUUUGAUGAUGCUAAUGUAAAAGAGAUUGGAACAAAAUGGAAAGACGUGGUGUCCAGGUGCAUUCGGUGUCACUUCCAGCCAUUGCUGCUAUUUUAUGCUAACCCAGAUGGCACAGCUGUGUCUCCAGAAGAUGCACCAAAGCAGAUUAUUCACUGUUCUCAAUGCAAAGCAGCAGGAGGAAAUGGAGAAGACCUGGGAUUUGAAAAGCAUUCUGCUGCUAAAUCAGACCACGUGAAAGAGAACGGAAUUGGAGAUUCCACUAAUCAGAGGAGUAAUAAAAAACUUCAGCCAGAUAAUCCAGCGUUCAGUAGAAGCCAUAUUCAAGCAAGUGGUGGUAGAGGCCCAGCCAAGUUGGGAUACAGCGAGCAAAAGGACAGGCUGAAGGAUUUAUCCAGAGAGUGUGCCCAGAAAGCUGCUGACAUGAAAAACUUCACAUCGUUACGGAAAGAUGCGGAUAGAGGACUAAGGAAAGAGUCUGGGAGACAAAGAGACUUGAUUGGGGAAGACCGUUCCAGUGCUAAGUCAGGGUCUCCUCCGGUUGGAAAUGGACUGAGGCACUGCACGGAUCAGCGGAUCUAUGGCAGCCAGGGAAGGGGCCCCUACAAGCACGACAACCAAGCACCUCACCAGGCCAAGCUUUCUGCACAUGUGCUUGGAUCAAACAAAACAGAACUUUCUCCUGCUGGGGAGAAACCAGUGACAAGGACUCGGACCGACGGCGUCACUGGCUACGACACGGACACCAGCCAAGACUCCAGAGACAAAGGAAGUAUGAGGAGCAGGAGUAAAGGUUGGAAACCAAUGCGAGAGACACUGAAUGUAGACAGCAUUUUCAAUGAGACUGAGAAGAAGCAGCACAGCCCAAAGCACAAAGCAAACCUGAGCAGUAAAUCUAAGCACGAAAAGGAGCGGGGCUUUAACCACUGGCCAAAGGAGAACCAAAUGCAGAAGGGUUUAAUGACUAUAUAUGAAGAUGAGACAAAACAGGAUACAGGAAGUCGAAGUUCACUGGAUUCUGAGGGAAAAGGGAAUGCUGAAAAAAGCAAGGGAUUUACAGAGAGAAAAAUCCUUGGUGAUAACUGGCAAAUUCAGAGGACAGAAUCUGGGUAUGAAAGCAGUGACCAUAUCAGCAAUGGCUCUGCAAAUCCAGACUCCCCUGUUAUUGAAGGAAUCAAUACAGCAGAUGCCAAGAAUGUGAAGGAAAGUGCUUCCUGCAGUGAACAGAACUUGCCAACCAAAAAAGCUGACAGUGUGGUACAUUCAGUACCCCAGCAGAACAGAAGCUUCCUUGCCCCAGAUUUGAGGAAAGACCAGAUCAAUUCUGAAGUUAACUACAGACCUCAUCCUCAUGUUGGUUUCCCAACAGAAUUACAUUUGCAGGUGCCCAGUCCUCCAGUGAAGAGAGCUGAAAUGCCUGAGACCAACAGGAAAUUUGUCCCAUCAUCAGCUCUCCAGCCAGCUGUCAAAGAGAUUGUGAAGUCAGACAGCAGGAACAAGGCAAACGAGCCGAGCUCUUGCGAGUGGCUUCACACAGAGAGGUUUGAGAAGCUGAACGUGCCGGUGUACUGCGUGGACAGCGUGUCCCACCCCUUGCCAGACAACGCCUGUGGCAGGAAGCCCAUCCACAGCGACUUUCCCCCUUCUGCCCAGCCGCAGUCCCAUCACACAAGAAGUCUGUCCCAUCACACUCUGGGUCCCAAGGUGGGGCUGGUGCCCUGUGCGCCUCAGAGCCUGCCAGAAAGGCUGGCGGUGCUGCCCGCCCCUCCCGGCGAGCACACGGGGCACCCGCUCCGGAGGGCGGAUCCCCUCUGGCUGCCUGAAGCCGUGUACCAGAACACUCCUCCCCCCUUACCUCCAAAGAAAUAUGUUCUGAGCACUUUGGCAGGAUCAGAGAAUAACUCGGUAGCAGAUGUAAAAUCAACGGAAGCGUUGCGAAAUAGUCCAUUAAGGCAAAUGGGUGCACCUUCAAAAUCUGCAUCAGAAGCAAGUGCAGUCCCAGCUGAACAAAGGCUUAAGGAGCCCUUUCCAGGGAACGAAGUGUUUGUUCAUAAACCGGAUUCUCCACCUCGCUUAUCAGUUAAUGAGUUCUGGACCGUGUCUGAGAACAUGCUGAAGAAAGGAUCUCGUCACACGGGACCCAGCCCUGCCUAUGCAGAUGGGAAUGACAGUGUGUCCCUAACCACUUACUUCUCAGUAGACAGCUGCAUGACUGACACCUACAGGCUGAAGUACCACCAGAGGCCCAAGAUGUAUUUCACAGAGAGUGGAAGCUUCCACAAGGAGAAGCAUUCUCCAGCAGCUGCAGUAGAUCUGAAUGCCACAUACCCCGCCACUCUGGAGCCCAGGCAUCCCACCCCUGAACAGAGGUACAAGGCAAAUGCAGAAGGAAUACACUGCAGUCGAUAGGUUCUUCAAGAAGCCCACACCUGGAUCUGAGUUCAGCAUUUCAUGAUGUCUGUAAAGGGGCACAAGCUCAAAUCUGUGUGUGUGUGAUAACCAGGUACCCAGCUGACUGUAACUUGCUUAGGAGUUGUGACUGUUCAAACAAAUAUGCAAAUAGAGGUGAAGAGGUGCUAAACUUGUGGUUCUUGGAUUUGUUACUCUAGUUGCCUUAAUGCUUACCUCUGUUACUCAGCUUGUCUUCUGCAGUUUGUAUUCCAUGCGGUCCCUUGGGCAUGCACACCUUGCAGCAGAGGGAUCGGCUGGAUGUUACUCAUUCUGUAAGAAGAUGUGGUUAGCUGCAGUGCAAGAAGUGUUCCUUCACACUGUGGUCACUGUUCUUAGACUAACAAAAGGGAUAAGCGUGCUACCACAACUAAUGCAGUGCACGAAGUCAUAACAGAGCAGUAUUUAUCCUCAGAGGUAGCAGGAGGUGACAUGGUUUUUUCAAGCGAUGUCUCUCAGAGUCUGUGCUUUCACAAACCUUCAAGUGUCUUUAAUGCAAGUUUACCUAGAGGAUUUAUUUUUUAUUUGGAAAGCCUUAAUAAUAAUACUUCUUUAAAAACCAUUUUGGUUUGCAAGUGUUAAAUUAGACUUUCAAAGGGAAUUGAAGUAAACUGCAGUAAUGCUUUCCUAUUAAUACCUCUGCUCUGUUAGUGUAUGUUUUUAAACACAUUUAUCAGAUUUGCUCAUCCUUUAAGCUGUAUACUUUAACUUAUUAAAUUUAACUUCCUAAGUUACAAACCAGUAUAACAGAAUAGGAUGCUAAUUUUAAAUACAGAGUUAUGCAACUAUGAAAGAUUAAUUUUGUAACAUUUUAGAAGUAAUUCCUACUUAGGUUCAGUUCUGACUUAUUCUACAAUUGCAUGCAAAGUCAAUGCUGCUAUUUAAUAAACUCCCCCUUUUUUUCCAGGUUCAUGGGGAUCACACAUUUGACUUUUUUCCUUUUUUUUACUAACAUGUUUUCCCAUUUGGAUCAGUCCUACACAUGGAUAUGGUCUGCAUUAGCAGGUCAGGCUGAAUGUGCAGCCAGACUGGUGGUUAAGGGGGCAUGGAAAGAAGAGUUUCCUCUUUCUCUGUUCUGUCACUCUGUCUCCAGUUUAGGCAGCUCUGGAAUUUACCUUGUAUUUUGUUAACCUGACUUAUCUCAGUAACAAGGAGGAAGAUGUAUUUAGCUUUUAUCUGGUUAGUUAAAUCAGUGCACAGAACCAUCUACUGAGUGCUGAGGCAGCAUAGCCAAGCCUGGCACAACCUAAAAAGGUAAAAUUUUUCCAUUAUUCACAUUGGAGUGUUAACUUGGGGUGCUGCUGAUUACACCUAAACAUCAAUGCCUUUUAUUAUGAAAGUAAGAACAAACCAGAAAAGCUUUUUUUCAUGUUCAUAACCUUAUGUACAUGUGUUUUAGUGCUUCAACCAAAUGAUGGCAAUUGUUUAGCAUGAUUAUCCAAGGAAACAUUUAAGCAGUAGUUUUGGUUAUUCCGUGGCAAGGUCAGGUUUUUUUUUUUU